AUUUCAUAAAUAUUUACUCUCUCGCGUCUAGUCUUGCUUCUGCUUCAGCGUCCUAGUUUCUGGGUUUCUGCAACUCUGAAUUCAUGGAGGUAGGAGCAGCAGUAUCUUCUUCUUCAACUUCUAGGGUUUUAACUAACCAUCACCUAUUUUCUCUCUCUUCCAACAAAACUCCAUUGAAAACCAACCUUUUUGCUUCAAAGGGUUUUUCCUUUGCAUCUCUUCAAUCCUCUCUUCCUGUUAGAAAACCCUUUUCUUGCUCAGCCGCUAUCAGCACAAGCAACGCCACCAUUUCCACCCCAAAGGUGAAGGGUUCAAAUGAGGGAGAUUGUAGUGUAUUUGAGCUUUCAAGUUUGACAGCUUUGUCUCCCUUGGAUGGCCGAUACUGGAAUAAAGUAAAGGAAUUGGCUCCUUUUAUGAGUGAAUAUGGUUUAAUUCGAUACCGAGUUCUUGUCGAGAUUAAAUGGUUAUUGAUGCUGUCCCAAAUUCCUGAAGUGCCUGAAGUGCCGAGCUUUAGUGAUGAAACACAGCAGUAUAUGCAAGGUUUGAUUGAUGAUUUUGGCAUGGCUGAUGCUUUGGAAGUGAAAAAUAUUGAGAAAGUGACCAACCAUGAUGUGAAGGCAAUUGAGUAUUUCCUGAAGCAGAAAUGUCAGUCCCAUCCAGAGAUCUCUAAGGUUUUGGAGUUUUUCCAUUUUUCUUGCACAUCUGAAGAUAUCAACAAUCUUGCUCAUGGAUUAAUGCUCAAAGAAGCAUUGAACAAAGUUUUAUUUCCUGUCAUGGAUGAAGUUAUAGGAGCAAUGUGUAACAUGGCCAAGGAAUAUGCGCAUAUUCCUAUGCUUUCCCGCACUCAUGGACAGCCAGCUUCACCCACCACCUUGGGAAAAGAGAUGGCAAUAUUUGCGGUCAGACUAAGCAGAGAGAGGCAGAGACUUUCUCAGAUCGAGUUAUUGGGGAAAUUUGGUGGUGCUGUUGGAAACUACAAUGCUCAUGUUGUUGCAUAUCCUGAGAUCAAUUGGCCAACGAUUGCAGAAGAAUUUGUGCAAUCUUUAGGAUUAACUUUCAAUCCUUAUGUGACUCAAAUUGAACCUCAUGACUAUAUGGCUAGUCUAUUCCACGCAAUUAUCCAGUUCAACAAUAUUUUAACGGAUUUUGACAGGGACGUAUGGGGCUAUAUUUCAUUGGGUUAUUUUAAGCAGUUGACUAAGGCUGGUGAAAUCGGAUCAUCUACAAUGCCUCACAAAGUGAACCCUAUUGAUUUUGAAAAUAGUGAAGGGAACCUUGGCAAGGCUAAUUCUGGUCUAUCUUUUCUAAGCAUGAAAUUGCCUAUUUCACGGUGGCAGCGUGACUUGACUGAUUCAACAGUUUUGAGGACAAUGGGCGAAGGAUUAGGACAUUCCCUACUAGCGUACAGAAGUACCCUGCAGGGUAUUGGAAAGCUCCAGGUGAACCAAACCAGGUUGGAUGAAGACUUGAACCAUUCGUGGGAAGUACUUGCAGAACCUAUACAAACGGUCAUGCGAAGAUAUGGUGUCCCUGAGCCGUACGAAAAGUUAAAGGAGUUUACAAGAGGAAAAGCAGUCACUCAAGAAAGCAUGCAAGAGUUUGUUCAAGGACUGGAAUUGCCUCAGGAGGCAAAGGCUAUUCUCUUAAAGCUGACACCACACACAUACAUCGGAGCAGCAACCGAGCUUGCCAAAACCGUUGAUGCGGCCGUGAAUAUGGUGAAUGGAUUCCGCGAUUCUUAGAAUCUUCCCAUUGGAAGACAUUCCAGUUUUGCUAUUCAACAACAAUUAUCCAGGUGAAUUUAAACUAACUACAUGUUCAAGUUAUCAGGACAUUUUUUCUUGUUUAGCUACAAUUGCUACUAUUCAGAAAUCUGAAUAAAUUCCUAUUUAACAGGAACAUUGUGGUUUCCUGUGUUGUAUAAUUUUGUAUCAACAAAUAUCAACUUCCAAUCGAAGUAUUCUUCUGAAAGUUUUUACUGCUGUUUUAUGUCA